CAUUUUAGUACAUAAACAACCAAUAUAAAAAGGGCUAAGCAAAACUCUUAAUUCCAACAUCAAGCCAAAGAAAAUUUAAAAGAAAAAAAAAUGGGUGCUAACUACUCAGUCACAUUGCAUGAAGCUCAUAAUAUGCCAAUCACACCACAAUUCAAGAGGUCUCAAGUCAUUGCUUUUCACUCUUCAACAAAAUGGAAGCUCCAUUUUGAUUCUUUGAAAAAUACAAACAAAUUGGUUGUUAUUGACUUCACAGCCACAUGGUGUGGUCCUUGCAAAUACAUGGAACCAAUUCUUAAUGACUUUGCUGCUAAAUAUAUAGAUGUUGAGUUUGUCAAGAUUGAUGUUGAUGAAUUGGAUGACGUAGCUCAGGAAUAUGGGGUUCAAGCGAUGCCAACGUUCGUGUUGAUAAAGAAAGGGAAAGUUGUUGACAAGAUUGUUGGAGCAGAUAAAGAUGGACUAAAGAUGAAAAUUGAGAAACAUAAAGCUAUGUUCAUAUAAGAAAAUUAAACCUAAGUGUGCAACAAAUGUUUGAGCAGAGUUUGCUUCAUCACAUUUGAUUGAAAUAACUUAGCUUAUUAUAUAACUCAUCUAUAGUUCUUGCUCACUUAUUAUUGUAAACUUCAUUAAAGAAGGCUGAUUAAAGCACUAAUGUUUCACAAUUACUUUGGUUUAAUUUGACCAAAGUGUACUAAUUUUAUGUCUUGUGUACUUAUAACCA